AUGAUCCAAGAAGGCAUCCCACCAAAGCUCAAAGACCCUGGGAGCUUCUUCUUACCUUGUGCCAUUGGUGACACAAUCAUUGACAAGGCACUGUGUGAUUUAGGAUCCAGUAUUAACCUCAUGUCUCUGUCCAUGAUGAGAAAGUUAUCUAUAGAAAAAGUGAAGCCUACACAGAUGUCAUUGGAGCUAGUGGAUAGGUCUCUGGUAAUUCCCAAGGGGGUGAUUGAAAAUCUCUUGGUUAGAGUAGGAAAAUUCAUAUUUCUAGCAGACUUUGUAAUCCUGGACUUAGAAGAAGAGGGGAAUGAUUCUAUCAUAUUGGAAAGACAUUUCCUGGCCACAGCAAGGGCCAUCAUUGAUGUGGAACAAGGAGAAAUGACCUUGAGGGUAAAUGAUGAGAAGAUCACCUUAAAUGUCUUCUAG